GUAAAAUUGUGUUGACUUUGAGAAAUGCAUGCUGUAAUGUAACCUUGACGGGAUCAAGGUGUUGACUUUUCACUUAGAAAGCUUCAAACUGGUCUUACCACUGUUUUUUGCUGUUCCUUUGUUAUUUUUCUUGGUUAUAUUUAGUUUAAACACCACCUUGUUGAUAAAAUUGUGUUCUAUAGUUUUGAAUAGGCGAGUUCAUUAUCAGCAAAAAUGUUAGCAGUAAAUUUUAGAAAUGGUUCAAGAAUCUUAGUUCCCUUAUGUUGUAUUAAAAUCUAUCAGUCUUUGUAACAGUUGUAGAGUUUUUGGCUUGCUGAACUAUGUAGUUACAGACUUAUAGUUUGUAUUCUCCUCUUUCAAGUUUCUAGCUGAAUUGCAUUAUUAGAUUUUAAAAUUGUUAUUGUUCAUAAUAUAUAUACUGAAUGUAAGAAAAUUACAGAAUUGUCAAGGAAGCAUGGCUAGUUUUGAAAAUGGUGAGCUGCAGAAGAUAUCAGAAGAAACUGAUGUACAACCAUAUCAUGAAACUUUGCAUUCUAAAUUUCAAAGGCUUUUAAGUGCAUCAGUUUCUAUUCCCAUGGAGUCAUAUGAGAUAGAAACUAGUCUUGUGGGAGAUAGUGGUUCAUUGUAUGCUACACCAGAAACUGAUAAUCUUAUGCAGCAUAGUAUAGUUGUAACAGGAAACAAAACAGAGGAGAGCACAGAUGAAAGCUAUGAUAGCAUAAAUGAACAUUUACUGAGAUCUGGGAAACUGGGAAUUUGUAAUGAUCCUUAUUGUACUACUUGUCCUUCUUACUUCAAGUCUUCUCAGCUAAGAAAUCCAAAAGCUUUGAAUAUACCUGAUCCGAAGAAUGCUCUUAAUGGGGAUGCCAAAGGAUUCACCAGAAAAUUUUACUCUCUAUGUUCAUCUUUUGUUCCUGGAGUUAUGAAUCCUCACUCUAAAUUCAUACAACAUUGGAACAAGGUUCUUGCCAGUUUUUGCUUGGUUGCAAUUUUUGUGGAUCCAUUAUUUUUCUUCUUACUCUAUGUUCGGCAGGAUCAUAAUUGUAUAGUUAUCAACUGGAAAUUGACAAAAGCACUUGUUAUAGUUAGAAGCAUGAACGACUUCAUAUAUUUCCUUCACAUUCUUCUCCAGUUUAGGUUGGCUUUUGUUUCUCCUGAGUCAAGGGUGGUUGGUGCUGGAGAUUUAGUUGAUCAUCCAAAGGAAAUUGCAUUUCAUUACCUGAAGGGUUAUUUUCUUAUUGACUUGUUUGUUGUAUUUCCUCUUCCUCAGAUAAUGUUAUUGUCUGUACUACCAAAAUCAUUGAGGGGAGCAAAUUAUGCUAAGAAUGUUCUGCGUGCAGCGAUCCUAGUGCAGUAUAUUCCCAGAUUAUUCAGAUUUCUGCCUAUGCUGUUUGGUCAAUCUCCAGCAGGAUUCAUAUUUGAGUCAGCAUGGGCAAAUUUCAUUAUAAAUCUUCUCAUUUUCAUUCUAGCUAGCCAUGUUGUUGGCUCUAUCUGGUACCUAUUUGCUCUACAGAGGGUUAAUCAAUGUUUUCGAAAUGCGUGCCAAAGUUCUAAUAUCCCUGGAUGUCUGGCAUUCAUUGAUUGUGGACAUAGCCAUGUUGGGGAAAAUCAGCUUGGCUUAUCAUCAAACCAGUGGAACAACAAUGCAGAUGCUAUUGCAUGUUGGAAUUCCUCUUCCACAGGUUCUUUUGCUUAUGGGAUUUAUAACAAUGCUGUUCCUCUUACUACACAAACAGACAUCGUCACCAAAUACAUAUAUGCUCUAUUUUGGGGGUUACAGCAAAUCAGUACUCUGGCUGGUAACCAAACACCAAGCGACUUUGUGUAUGAAACCCUUUUUACUAUAGCCAUCAUAGGAAUGGGACUUUUGCUUUUUGCGCUUCUCAUUGGAAACAUUCAGAACUUUCUUCAAGGUCUUGGACGGAGGAGGCUAGAAAUGCAACUUAGACGCGGUGAUGUUGAGCAAUGGAUGAGUCAUAGGCGCUUACCAGAAUACCUCAGAAGGAGAGUACGAGAGGCUGAACGGUAUAGUUGGACUGCAACAAGAGGGGUGAAUGAAGCAACACUAAUGGAGAACUUUCCAGAAGACCUCCAAAUGGAUAUAAGACGCCAUCUCUUCAAAUUUGUUAAGAAAGUUCGAAUAUUUGCUCUGAUGGAUGAACCUGUCUUAGAUGCCAUUUGUGCGAGACUGAGACAAGCUACUUACAUUAAAGGAAGUAGAAUUUUGAGUCAAGGUAGUGUGGUAGAGAAGAUGGUAUUCGUGGUGCGUGGCAAAUUGGAGAGCAUUGGAGAAGAUGGUAUUAGAAUUCCUUUAUCUGAAGGAGAUGUUUGUGGUGAAGAACUUCUGACAUGGUAUCUUGAGCAUUCUUCUGUCAGCGCAGUUCAUCAAUUUGAGUAUGCAGAUGGCAGAAGAGUAAGGCUUCCAGGACAGAAGUUGCUUAGCAACAGAACAGUAAGAUGCUUAACAAAUGUAGAAGUACUUUCACUGAGAGCAGAAAACCUUGAAGAAGUCACAAUCCUUUUCACAAGAUUCUUGCGUAGUUUGCGUGUUCAAGGAGCCUUAAGGUAUGAAUCACCUUAUUGGAGAUCCCUUGCAGCAAUCCGUAUUCAGGUUGCAUGGAGAUACAGAAAGAAACGAUUAAGCCAUGUUAAUUCAGACUUUCAAAAUAAACAUUGAGAUGAUUGUGGAUUAAUAUUAGAUUAGAUGGAGAUAUGUGGGAAACUGGAUGUGUGAAUAAACGAUAAAUAUGAUAACAUGAUUCUUUAGCACUUUCUCCCCAAAUUUGCAAAGGUUAAAUUGGAUUGGCUAUUUCUUGCUAAA